AUGGAAGAAUUAGAAGAUUUUGAAGCAUUAUUAGAGGAUUCAUUCAAUAAGAGACAGUUUGCAAAUGAUUUAUUAAAGGCAACUAAUGAUGAAUCUUCCACAACGACGGAACUUGAUAUCGAAACUCCAAUAAAAAAGUUGAAAUACGAUUUAGAUGAAGUAGAUGCCAGGAUUGAUGAUCUCCUUCGUAACAAUUCUACUAAUAUUAUAAAUCAACUUUAUAAAGGUAAAUCAUCACAAAAUAUUAUCAAUAAUGAACUGAACGAUAGUUUCGGGUACCUUUCUAUGUCUUAUAAGAGGUUACAAGAAGAAGUCUUGGAACCAUACGAGAAAGCUCAAAAACUACAAUCCGUCUUAAGUAAAGUUCAUCAGACUUCUAUCUUAUUAAGAGAUUCUUUGAUUUAUAUACAUAUAAUUAAUGAGAUUGAAAAUCUUUCAGCAGAAAAAUCAACAACCAACACAUCUUCAAAUAAAUUAACCACAGCAAAGGCUAUUAAACUAGCAACGUUAUAUUCACAAUUGCAAUUAAAUCUAAACCAAAAUGUGAAUUUGAAAUCAUUACAAGUGAUUAAACAUCUAGAGGGAACUAUUCUCGUGAAAAAGAAAGAACUUUUAGGUUUCAUAUCAUUGGAAUUUUCGAAGGAAUGCCUUAAUAGUUUUAAAAUAAAGAAGAAUAAAGAUAUCAUAAGUCAAUUGGCAUAUUCUUUAUAUAUAGUAUCGCCACAGGAUUAUGUUUCAACAAUUCAAAAAUAUAUCUUAUCAAAUGUAUUGAUGGAUUCCCAGACUUUAACAAAAACAAUUAAUUCCAUAAAGAACUUUCCAAUGGCAUUUGAAGAUGUUGUAAAGAGAAGCUACGAUAUUUAUUCCUUGGAAGAUGCAUUACAUAAUAUCAAAUUUGAAGAUACAAAUUUAUUGACUGAGUACACAAAGCAAAGGAAACCAAAGUCAAGUACACCGAGAGAAUUAUAUUGGAAUAAAAUUUCCUCUAAUUUUAAAAAAGAGUUUGAAAUAUCUUACAAUAGAGGUGGACCUGUGGGUAAGUCCUUAGCUAAAAAUUAUGAUAUGAUCGUUUCUACAAUAAAGGAGAACAUGCCAAAAUCUACGGGCAAUAAUGAUUAUCAUCAUAACCUAGAUACCAUGUUGAAAUCUAUAUCUAUUAUUACUUCCGAAUCCCACAAGUAA